CAAACUCUCUCUCUCUCUCUCUCAAAUCUCCCACUCCAAAUAAAUUCCAUUUCCCUUCUGUUGCUACUGACAAAAACUACAGCAAACCUCCUCGUCUCACCACUUUCUCGUUUCUCUUCUCUCUAUCCCUCGCACACAGUACACAUAUAGAGAGAGAAACUGAAGAAAAAUCCAAAAAAACAAGAAACCCACAAGAAAAAAGUAAUCUUUGUGCCAAGAAUAAGCGAAGAACAAGAAAAUGCUGCCAUUUAGGACACUUCAAGAAGCAGAGCUUUUUCUAGGUAGAAAUCUGACAUUUGCAGAGGAGUUAUGGUUCAAAUACUCUGCCCAAAAAUCGGAUUAUUUUCUGUACUGCCACAACACGAUUUUCCUGUUCAUUUUCUACACGGUGCUGCCAUUGCCGUACGUGGCUUUGGAGCUCACGCGCUCCCAAAGGAUCGAUAAGUACAAAAUCCAGCCAAAGACCAAGAACUCGCUUUCGGAUAUGCUCGAUUGCUACAUAAAAGUUCUCAAGACGUUUGUUGUUGCUGUUGUGCCCCUGCAAAUCUUUUCUUUUCCCGUCAUUCAGAUGAUUGGAAUCAGAACAAGUUUGCCACUACCGUCAGGCUCCGAACUUUUCUGGCAAAUAUUGACAUACUUUUUAGUCGAGGACUAUGCGAAUUAUUGGAUGCACAGAUUUCUACAUAAAAAAUGGGGCUACGAAAAUAUCCACCGAGUCCACCACGAGUACACGGCCCCAAUUGGGUUUGCAGCCCCUUACGCUCAUUGGGCCGAGGUCAUAACCCUGGGCUUGGCCUCAUUUCUUGGCCCAGUUAUUGCUCCAGGGCAUAUGGUCACUUUCUGGCUAUGGAUGAUUGUGAGGCAAAUGGAAGCCGUCGAGACUCACAGUGGGUAUGACUUCCCGUGGAGUCCUUUGAAGUACAUUCCGUUUUAUGGUGGGGCCGUUUUCCAUGACUACCAUCACUACGUGGGAGGGAAAAGCCAAAGUAACUUUGCGUCGGUUUUUACAUACUGUGAUUACAUCUAUAGGACAGACAAGGGAUAUCGGUACAAGAAAGAAGUUUUCGACAAGACAAAGGAAAAAACUGACCUGAAGCAAGAGUGAGUGAGUGCAGAGAGUUUCCAGGCUGAAUCUACACAAGAGUCUAAGUAGAGGGCCAGGAGUGUAACUAAAUGAACAAUAAUUUUUUUUUUUUUUCAUUUUU